GCUCCAGCUGCCCUAUCCUAUCUCUUUAACUGACAGAGCUGCUCCGCUCUGCGCGUGUGCGUGCGUGCGUGCGUGUGUGCGUGUAUGUGUGUGUGUGUGUGUGUGUGGAGGAGAAAUUACGAGACAGAGAGGGCCACUCUGUUGUGGAGGAGGACUAGGCGAUCGAAAACACAACAGAGAAGUUCUUUUGUACAGAGCUGAACGGUUUUGCAGAGGAGGUUGUGCAUCGGCGUUUCAUUAAUUCUGUUUUUGGACCCGGUUACUCUUCUUGUCUCUAUGGGCUCGGAAGGCGCAUCUCUCACCUCCCGAUAGGACAUAACGGGCAGGGCUGUCUCCUAAUAAUUAUUUAUUUCGCCUUCUCUGCGGCGCAACGUUGGGAGAAACGUGAUCGAGAGGCAGCGAUAACAGCGAGCUGAUCAUGGAUUAAUGCUCGUGUGAAUUUUCAUCUGAGAGGUUCCUAAUGUUGAACAUGUCCACCCCCAGCGAGCUGAAGUCUCCCUGCGUGACUCGCAAUGGUAUGGUCAAGCUGCCCCCCAGCCAGCCCAACGGUCUGGGCAGUGCGAGUAUCACCAAGGGGACCCCUGCUGCCAAGAACCGCCUGUGCCAGUCCUCCUCAGUACCCUCCAUCCUGCCUCCUCCACCAUCGUCUCUUCCCUACCACCACCACCACCACCUGGACGGUUCCGGUAUGCCCACCUCAGCAGCCUCUCUCUUGGGCUCUGAUCUGGAGCCUGGAAUGCCUCUUAUGGGCUUAAAGCCAUCCCUUCGUCAGCUUCCCCCUCUCACUCUACCCAAACCCAUGUUGCUGGAGCGCCAGCUGGUCCUGGAUGAGAAGCUGCUCAACCGAUUGCUCUGGUACUUCACCACAGCUGAAAAAUGUGUGUUGGCGCAGGUAUGCAAGACAUGGCGCAAAGUGCUGUACCAACCCAAGUUCUGGGAGGGUGUGACUCCCAUCUUGCAUGCCAAGGAGUUAUAUACCUUGCUGUCCAAUGGGGAGAAGGAGUUUGUCAGUCUGCAGGCCUUUGCCUUGCGUGGCUUCCAGUCUUUCUGCUUAGUGGGUGUGUCAGACCUGGACAUUUGUGAGUUCAUCGACAACUACCCGCUGUCUAAGAAAGGUGUUCGCUCAGUCAGCCUCAAGAGGUCCACCAUCACAGAUGCUGGUUUGGAGGUCAUGUUGGAGCAAAUGCAAGGCCUGAUGCACCUUGAACUGUCAGGCUGCAAUGACUUCACUGAGGCCGGCCUGUGGUCCAGUCUGAAUGCCCGGCUAACUUCCCUCAGUGUCAGUGACUGCAUCAAUGUGGCGGAUGACGCCAUCGCUGCUAUCUCACAGCUCCUGCCCAACCUAUCAGAGUUGAGCCUGCAGGCCUACCACGUCACUGACACAGCCAUGGCCUAUUUCACAGCCAAACAGGGCUACACCACCCACACUCUUCGGCUUCACUCCUGCUGGGAGAUCACCAAUCACGGUGUGGUCAACAUGGUGCACAGCCUCCCCAACCUGACCGCCCUCAGCUUGUCUGGCUGCUCAAAGAUCACUGAUGAUGGCGUGGAGCUGGUUGCUGAGAACCUGCGUAAGCUCCGCAGCCUGGACUUGUCCUGGUGCCCAAGGAUCACUGACAUGGCCCUGGAAUACAUUGCCUGUGACCUGCAUAAACUGGAAGAACUGGUGCUGGACAGGUGUGUGCGGAUCACAGACACUGGCUUGGGCUACUUGUCCACCAUGUCAUCAUUAAGGAGCCUCUAUCUGCGUUGGUGUUGUCAGGUACAAGAUUUUGGACUGCAGCAUUUGUUUGGAAUGAGGAGUCUUCGUCUACUGUCUCUUGCAGGCUGCCCCCUACUGACCACCACGGGUCUGUCUGGCCUCAUUCAGCUACAGGAGUUGGAGGAGCUGGAGCUGACUAACUGCCCUGGAGCCACCGCCGAGCUCUUCAAAUACUACUCCCAGCACCUGCCCCACUGCAUGGUCAUAGAGUAAGACCACUGACCCAUCCCACCGACCAACUGACCGACCAACCGAUCGCCAUACUUCUACCUUCCUCCUCCUUACUCUUCCUCACUCUUUCCUCAAGACUGAACUGCUCCUACUGUACCACACAUUCCUCAUUACCUGUCCAGCCCCCAACCCCGCCCAUCUUCCUCCACACCCCAUUGAGCAAGACUGACCCACAGGUGGACAGAGAGGCAGGAAGGCAGAUGAUGGUACAUGCCAGACCCAGAGGAUGAUGGGAUGGCAUUCGAGUUUUAAUUGAAGAAGAUGUUGGAGUGAAGAGCUUGGUGUGACGUCUUGUCUGACAGCAAGUUUCUUAUUCAGAAUGAAAGGUUUUUGUUUACAGAGAAGAGCUUCUCUAAAGACUUUGAUGAUUUUCUUCUGAAUGGAUACCGAAGGGAGCGACACGUGCAGAUCCAGGAGCGGAAUUCUGAAAAGGGAAAUAAAGACUUUUUGUGUUUGAGUUGAAAUGGUGGAACUCACACAUGCACUCAUACACUGUAAACACACUCACACACAUACUGUAUAUGGUUAGUGAAACAAAUGUAAGGUCCUCAAGACCACGAGUACUGACGUUUCAAUUUCCAUCACUCUGUAUAAUAUAACUGCUGUUAUUCUUUUUCUCAGAAGGUAUCAAAAGCUGAAUUUUCUCUUGUUUAGAGGGAGACACCAUAUGCCAGCUGGAGAAACAGGAACCAUAAAGAACUAAACAUGCAGUCCAGGAAGUGAAUGACAAGGAUGGAACUUCUCUCUUUUUCUCCCUUCCUCUGUGUGUGAAGUGUGCGUCAUGGACUCACCGGUUCUGGUCUUUUUGGGAUGCCCCCCACCUUUUUCCAUUUCUGUGUCUUGAAAAAAAUUGAGAAACAACAGUUUACAGUGUUGGAGUUGAUUGGCUCAUUGUUUCACAUUUUUUCCCCGCUCUUUUUCCCCAUUUUUGAUGAUUUAAUUUACAGAUCUGGAAGCUGCGUUGUUGUAAACUGUGAAUGUUGUGAUUUUAAAAAGGGAAAUGUGUCGCUGAGGCAGUGCAACAAGCAGUCGGUCAAAUUGAGAGCAGAGUGCACAUAAAGCAUUUAAUGCCUGAGAGCUUCUGUGGAGGAUAAAAUGCAAGGCGACUGUAGGGCUUAAACUGGAAGUGAUGACUUGAUAUUUCUGGACUCAAACUAAUAAAUAACUUCAAUAAUAAUAGCAGAGGGAGGUUUGCAAGCAACCUUUCUAUUGGUGAGGUAGUUUUGUCCAAAUUGGGGGUACAGCUGAUUUUGGAAAUAAACUCUUGUUUCCAUCCUUUAAAUGCUAAUUGAAACACAUAAUGUUUAGUGUUGAAUUUGAACUUGUGUGGCCCUGAAGCUGCAAAUGCGUUGUGUGACCCCCUUUUGUAAGGUGAGGUUACCUCAAAGGUAAGGGAGACUAUGGGAUUUCAGUAUUUAAUAUUAGAGCAGUUCUUACAGUGUCCUACAGGCCAGGAGCUCAGGACUCUUGUAAAUGUGGACGUUUUUAAGAGAUGAUUUAGUUUGUGGUAAAUCUACAAAUUUUCUUGCUAAACCAGAGUCAGAGAAACUCAGGAACAGCCUUUUUAUGUUUAUGUUUGAAAUCAUAUUUAGCCUAGCUUAGCUCAAUGAAUUGAUGUACAUGGGAUCAGCCAUACAAUUGUUAGCAGAAGUCAGUGCACUACAUGUUUGAAUUAAAAGUGACAUUACAAUUGCCAUUUACAUUAUCACAGCAAACUAAGAAGUAAGUUUAUAUGAAACUAAGGAAAACUGGGCUUUGUAAGUACAAAUGUGAGCUAAAGACAAGCGAAAGAUUCUCCCAUUUGUUGCUUCUCAACCUGUUACUUGUUGACUCUUCUGAUGGGAUACACUUGAUGUAACAAUGUGUGUCUUGGUGAGUGUUUUCUCUCUAUAGUGAACAGCAUUUUGCAGUAGCCUUUAAGACAUGUUUAGUCCUGUUUUGUUGGGCAAGUCGGGAGGAAACCAACCUAUGCAUGGUUAGAAGCAUACAUUGAUCUACAGAAACACUGCAGUGUUACAAACAGCAGUUUGAAAUGUAUUGUACGUAAACCUAAGCUUAAAAUGUUAAUGGGAACUAAUGCAGCAUACCACCUCUGAGAAAGUGUGAAUCAUCACUUCAGCCAUUGGUUUGUGGAGUGCCGUUUUGAAGCCUCGAGUUCGGCAUUAUGGCAUUAUUGAUACCAUAAACUCAUUAAGAAACUGUUUACUGAGCUAAAUCAACAAGUAGGCUAAUUUUUUAUUACAUCACAUGUUCAACAGUUCCAUUGGUUGCCCCCUCCUGGUCAUUAGAAAGAAUGCAGAUUUAAGACACCGCAUUGGCAUCAUUUUAUAAAUCCGAACACUCCAUCCACUAUUUAUUAUACAAUCUAUGCCUCUACCCUAAAUCUAAAUGACCAUUUGAAUAGAUGCAGUCUGUUGUCAGGGGUACACAGUCAAGGAGGAGCUUAUGCCUGAAAGGUUCACUGUCUUAAAGCAGUGGUUCUCAACCUUUUAAAGGUGUGACCCACAUAAUAAUCGGGUUGAUAUUUGCGACUCCCCCAUCUGCCCGAAACUCUUCAUGCAUUACUGGAAUAUAACGUAUGAAAGCCACCAAUGCAGGAACAGAGGAAGACAAUUACUUUGCCCACAGACAGAGGAACAGACAUAAGAAGCUUUAAUUUUUUUAGAUUUACUGAAAUAAUGGCACAGUCAACAGUCAAGAUGUCUGCUUUAGGCCUAAAAGAACAAUGAUAGAAAGAAGUACAUUAUCAUGAGGUAACUGGGCCUGUUAACAAGUAUGACAGAAGAGUAUAGCCUAUAGUAUAUAAUCCACAAUAUGUUAUUUUAUUUUACUCUUCACAACCAUUUGAUCACCCCUGGAAAUUAUGUUGCGACCCCCUUGAUUCCCUUGUUGAGAGCCACUGUCUUAAAGGAUAAUUUUAUCAGUAAUACAGUGUAUCCACAAAGCUAGUAGCUAAGAUCUGGGAAAGCUACCGCCAGAUCAUCAGACAGGUUGUAAACAAACAGGUUAGUCACUUAUAGACUUACAUGGAAGAAGAGUUAAGGUGAAUGGUAAGAUAGAUUCCCAUUAGCAUCAAUUAACUGAGCUAAGCUAAGCUAAGCUUUGCACUCAACAUGCAUUUGUACUGCUAAACUGAUACAGAAGGGCAUCCGAAAGUUUGUAUGACUAUGGGUAAGAAGGAAAAAUAGUAAAGUUCCCUAAAAACGAAAGUAUUUAUUUAACAUCAAUUAUUGAUGUUUCAAAGGAAAAACAAAUAAGUUUAAAGCCAGUAGUCGUGUUUCUUUCCCGCGAUCAUCUGAUAUUAAAAGGAAAUUAAUGAGCCCAACAGUGAGCCGCUGUGCUGCUUUUUGCCUCUUACGUGUCCUCGGAUGUGCUGACUGCCAACUGACAGGAUUGGAUCAGUGUCAGCCAGUAUUAGGUUGUGCCAAAUGCAUCUGCAGCAGCGCAUAAAAUGUGGCUUGUUGCCUCUAGCUGAUCGCUGACACACUGAAAUGGACUGGGUGUGUACUGUACAGACACGGCAGACCAUGCAUGUUUUUAGUUGGUCUGCGUUGGCUCAUUUCAGAGGUUGUUCUGAAUCUCUUCUUUGUACAUAAGUAUAUUUAUUUAUUUAUCUAUUUAUUUAUUUAAAUUCAUUUGUGUCUUAUUUUCGUGGUUUAUUUAUUGAAGAGACAUUUUUCAAAGGAUUUUGUUUUAUGGGACUUGCUUCAAAUUUGGGCCUGAAUUAGCUUAUGCACUGAUCACUGGUUUUGUUUUGUUUUGUUUGUUUUUCUGACAUUUCAGAUCCCUGAGUGAAAUAAUCUACCUAUUACAUAUUUAACUCUUUUAGACACCAGUGACCGCUAACAUCAUUAAGACUGACUUAAGGUUUUUAAAUCUUCAUAAUGCACAAGAGUAUGUUUUCCUCUGUGCAAAUGUGUGUCAACUUUGUAUUGCUGUUGGGUCCAUCAUUAAGAAUAAGGGUAUAAACAAUGGUGACAAGUUAUAUUUACUGUCAUUGUCCUGAAUGUGGAAAUACAGAGUCUGAUAUACAUAAAAGCAUUUGAAGUCUGAGAUUGACCUCUGUCAUGGCUAAGCAAUGUUUACACUGUCCAUUAAAGUGACAAAGAUCUCUGAUUUGGUGAAGAUGAGGAAUCUAUGGAAGCUUAUUACUGACAAAAUUAUUGAAAAGGAAAAAUAAUUAUUUGAAGAGGUUUUGAGCAUGAUUCAGCAAAUUAGCUUUAGCAUUAGCUCUGCGCUCACUAGCUAUGGUUGGCUUAAGACUUAACAUGGCAAGUGUGCUGAAAUGCUGAUUUUGGAUUUGACUUUUAUGCUAUAAAUGAAGGCCACCACCUGGAAGCAUCACUAACUGAUAGGUGUUCAUUACUGUUUCCUUGUUUUUAGUUUGGCCAUGGAAUUAUAAAUAAUUGGCUGCAUCUGAUAAAAUUAUUUUUCUUUGGGAGAACUAAAAUGCCUAAUUAGACGGAAUAAUUUAUUCUUAUUAGACAGAAUAUUUUAUUUUAAAUUAUUAUGUUGUCAGCAUGCAAACAAUUUUGAUGUGAAAAAGUCAAGUCAUUAUAAACAUCAAUACCGCAGAGUUGGUUCUUUUGGUCAUUCAAUUUUAUUUUCAGAUAAAAAUGAUUUUCCUUUUGAAAUACAAUAAUUAAAAUUGAAAUACAAUGUGUAUUGUAUGAUGGUGAUUUUCAAAAUGGUUUGUUUAUCAUUUUCUAUAUCAUAUAAGAAACAUUUUAAAUCACUAGAAAACUAAACUCUGAUGACUGGAUGUGGUGAUUUACAAGGCAAGAGCGCCAUGCCAGUGUGCCAGUGUUGCUUUAGCUCAGACUAAAAUGUAUAUGUAAUGGAACCAUACACUGAUAUGACUUUAGACAAGGCAAAACAAGGCCUGAAAUCACCAAAUAGGUCCUAAUUUGAUACAACCAUAAUAAAACAUUUGAGGGAAAGUCAGCUCAAAUUACAUUAUACCAUUCAUAAUUUCCUCAUAUUUGAACGUAUCGUCAUAUUUUUUUAAGGUAGUUUUCAAUGGAGUCCUGUUCAUGGUCCCUUUUUGACCACGAAAGAGAAAAAUCUUAAUUGUUGUAUUUUAAUUAAAAUCAAACAAUCCCUUGGUUUUUUUUGGUUUUUUAUAACCAUUUCUGAAAAGAAAAUUGAAUGACCAAAAGAUGGACUGACUGUUGUCAAUAAUGAAUUUGUUUGAAGUGAAUCAUUUAUUACCAUAAAAACAUUUUAAAAUGUGUUCCACACAACAGCUCAGUUCCAACACUCUCAAACCCUCACUCACAAUCUGAUAACUGAUCAACACAAAUGUGUUUUCUGCUCUUUCAGUAUUUUUGCUUUUAAUGAGCUUCUGAAGGAUUAAAAUGUACGUUUACAUAUCAUGAACUCUGACAUGCACAGUCAUGCAUUUCUCAGCUACAAACAACUAACAACAAACCUUUCUAAGGUACAUUUUCUAAGGUAAAUAAUCCCUGUCACUUAUUUUACUGUCUACAGUCUUUGGUCUACAUCUGUCACCAUUUUGUUACAACCCUUGUACAGCACAACUUUAAGUAAGCAGUAAAAUAAAUACUGACAAGUUUACUGAUAAUGUGAAA